GAUGUACUUCCUGAGCCCCGCACUUAAGGGUGUGAUAAGACAAAGAGCCCACGUCCAACGAACUGUGAGCUGCUGGGUCUUCUGAUGCAGGCUUUCCUGUGGCGCUGACCCCAGGGCUGAGCGAGGAGCACCUGUGAGGCUGUGUCAGGAAGCUGGAUUUUUUAUUCCACCCUUCUAUUCAAGCCUGGCCCUCAGAGCACUGGGCUGAGACACCCCCUUCAUCAAGCUCCCCUUAGCUGUAUGGAAGCUGGAGUUCACCUUGUAGUUCCUCAGCAGAAUUUUUGUUCUCCUCUGGGCUGUAGCCAGCCCCUGCCAGCACCAUGGCUUCCGCCGAGCCCCUGACUGCGCUGUCCCGCUGGUACCUGUACGCCAUCCACGGCUACUUCUGCGAGGUGAUGUUCACCGCGGCCUGGGAGUUCGUGGUGAACUUUAACUGGAAGUUCCCGGGGGUGACAAGUGUGUGGGCGCUGUUCAUCUACGGCACCUCCAUCCUCAUCGUGGAGCGCAUGUACCUGCGCCUGCGGGGCCGCUGCCCGCUGCUGGUGCGCUGCCUCAUCUACACGCUCUGGACCUACCUGUGGGAGUUCACCACCGGCUUCAUCCUGCGCCAGUUCAACGCCUGCCCCUGGGACUACUCCCAGUUCGACUUCGACUUCAUGGGGCUCAUCACCCUGGAGUAUGCUGUGCCCUGGUUCUGCGGGGCACUCAUCAUGGAGCAAUUCAUCAUCCGCAACACCCUUCGCCUCCGCUUUGACAAGGACGCUGAGCCAGAGGAGCCAGGUGGCCCGCUGGCCCUGGCUAACGGCCAUGUCAAGACUGACUGACAGGGGACUGGGGGGUGCUGGUGGGUGGGGCCCAGGGUUCUCUCAUGGACCCUGCGGACAAAGGUUCCAAGCUGGUGGAAUUCCCCCUUCUGUACAGCACAAAACCUGCCCCAGCCAGGCCUCAGCCCAGCAGGGCACACACAGCCCCCUCUUCCUCCACAAUGGGUGCGUAUGGGGGUGUGGUCAGGUUUGGGGGCAUGGGGUGUGAGGCAGCAGAGGGACUUGGGGAAGGGUCCAUGGAUCUCUGCCCAGCUCAGAGGCUGGUGGCGCCAGGCCAGCGGCUAAGCAGCAACUGGACUACUGGGUGACUUUGGAAGCAGCAGGCUCUGUCCUGGCCAAGAGACUCUGAGAAUGGGGCAGAAGGUGGGAGGCAAGUCCUUGAGGAGGUUUUGAGCUGCUGCUGCGGCCGCCUCCUUCCCUCUUACCUGGUUUAUUUGGGCUUUGGCUGGCUCCAUUAGGCAAUAUUCAGGUGCUUGCUUGCAACCAAUACCUCCCCAGGGGCCUGCUGAGCAGCAGCCUAAGGAGAGACUGGGCAUUGGGGGAAGCUGCUUGGCUGCAGUGUGGUCUGCAAGGGCUGGAUGCCUUCCCUUGGCUCCUCUCCCCUCCCCCAGGGCCCCUCGCUGCUCCCUUGGCCUUCUGGGGGCCCCCCUGGUGCUGGAUUCCCACCAACCUUGGGCUUUUGGAGGUUUUCAAUUUCUAUGUGUUCAGUGGUGUUCCCCUUUUCUCUUUUAUUUUCAAGGCCUUUACCACUAGCAGCCAUGUCAAUCACCCCACUGGCCCUCAUCCCCAACUCCCUAGCCAGCAUAGCAGUUGCCAGAGAUAGAACCCCGAGACAGCCCCGCCUCCCCCUGCAGCUUUCCUGCCACUGUGCUGGCCUGAUGCCUGGGAAGGUCUGCUGUUACACCUCCCACCCCACCUAGUGGGCUGUGGCAGUGCCCCUGGUGCUCCUCUCCCCACAGUGGUCCUGCGGAAAAUGAAUGAUACCCCCCAGCACAGUCAGGCUGAGGCAGACCCACAAAUUCACAAUGGAAACCUAGAGACAAGUCAUUCCUGAGGGGUGUGGGUGGGGAUGAAGGCACCUGCCUAGUUUAUUUUCAAGCCAAUCAGGGGCAAUCUGGCUUUUUCGGGGAUGGAGGAGCAAUAUCUAGUGUUGGGGAACCAUGGAGAAUGAGUGAGGAGAAAAAGACGAGGGCUGUCAGCUUUGGAGCAUCCUUAGUGGGAAGAGGUCAGUUCUGGUUCUGCCAUCACCCCAGCCUCGCAGCAAAACCUCCUCAGGGUUGCCCCUCCCCCAUCCUUCCCAGCAAGACUGACUCUUUGAACUUGCACCUUCAACAGUAUUAACCCUGCCAUGCUCAUGGGCACUGUCAUCUUGGUUGCUCCCUUUCCCCUGUGAUAGGUCCUUCGCUGGCAGUAGACAGGUGAAAUCCUCACUCCAGCCCGCUCCUGACUCUGCCCCUCACUCCCUAAAAGGAGGAGUCCAUCGGAAUGCCGCCCAUCCCCUUCCUGACCACGCUAGGACUCUUAGGUAGCAAUUAGCCAUUCCCUUUUCAUAGAUCAUUCAAAGGUGAUGAUACCACUUGGGGAGAGAACCUCCUCUUUCUUGCUGUGCUGCUCCAUCUAGACCGUGCAGACAGCACCAGGCAGGGCGCAGACUAAAGUGGGUGGGCUGGGGGGUGGGCAGGAAUGGUGUCCUGGCAGGGUUGUUUCCUGCAGUUGACCUUUUCCAGGACAGGAUGAAGGGCGUUCCCACCUGUGUCCUGAGCAGGCUUCUCCAAAUCCAGGGACAAAUGACAUUCAGCAGAGGCCAGGCCAACCAUUGAUUUCAUUGUGGCCCUAAUUCUAGGGGUUUGGGGCUUCCAAAUAUUCAAGCUUCCAGAGUGGGUAGAUAGCUUUCCAUCUACCGGUGGAAGAGUCCAGUGGGAGAAUAUUGUCUGGCUUCCCUCUUCUCUCUAGGUAAUUGUUCCUUGUUUCCUCCAGUCCAUGUUCUCUCAGCCUCCUGGACAACAGUACUUCUCCAGGCUCCCCAAACGGGCCCUAGCUCGCACCACCCACUUUUGCUGUUCCCUCCCGUGAUUGAAUCGGGUGGUCAGCUUGUUGCAGUCUCCAGCAGGAGACCCCCAUAAUUCUCAGUCAGAGCCUGCCCUGCCAGUGUUGGCCUGAUGCCUGGGAGGUUGCCCCAUGGGUGUGCCUUGGCAUUCUAUUUUCUCUGGACCAAUAAACUCCCACGUCUAGGCGGUCCCAGAGUAAACUUGCGUACCUGGCAAAGUACAGAAUAUUUGGGUUUCUGCUUUAUCCAGGUACCUCAGGGCUCCUACUGCCCCUCAUAGGCACAGAGCCCCAGCAAGGAGAGGCGAUGACCCACUGUAGGCUCAGCUUUCUAGGGGUGGCCCAAACUUCAACCCUGCUUUUGGGGGUAUCUUUAGGGCUCCUAACUCUUAGUGUCUAGGCACUCAAAGUUUGGAGGAAACCCAGCCCUGCCAAGCCAGGGGAGUGCUGCAGGGAGAGUCUGCAUCCUAUUUAUGAUCCUCUGGUCACGGGUGGGCCUUUCUCCACUGGAUAUGGUCUCAUUUCUGAGUUAUAGAUCGCCAUGUGCUGCCCUGCAUGGUUGAACUGCUUCUGACGUCUGCUAGUCAUCCCUUGUGCCCUGUCCCCUCUGAUGCCAGUGAGUCAUAAUGGCCUAUGCUUAUUUACAGCAAUAAUACCUAGGGAGUACCCCUAAAGUCCUUUUGUCUCGGUCCCUCACUCUGCAUGGGUGUCCUGGGGAGGCAGCACUGAGCGAGUUAGUUCCUAAGAACCUGUAUUUAUGAAGCUCUGGGCUCUGCAGACAUCAGAGCAGGGGAUGCAGAAAGGAGAGCAACCUGGCUCUGACUACAGCAGGGAGGGUACCCUUCACCCCCAGGCUACCCCAGACCUGGAGGAGCUGCAGGUCCCAGCUCUGUAAAAGGGCCUUUCAAGUGGGAGGGACUGUCUCCCAAUGCGGCAGCUUUUCAGAAGGACCCGCGACUGGUUUGUGCGCCCAUUGCCUGCUUUGUCUCUGUUUGAUCUCUUUGUCUCUUCCUUUUCACAUCUGUGCACAUAAAAUAUAUUGGUGUUUGUGUUCUGGGACUACUGGCUCUGACCCAUCUUUGUUUCUCCUACUUUGGAGCUCCUUUCUCAGGGGCUGCUGGAGGCCAGGGUCCUCACACCCAUCCUGAACCAAGAGGGCUGCUGGGUGGGGUGAGGGUGGGGGAGGGCAUCAUGUCUGCACGGCAGGUGGCACCUCCCAGUCAGCCCUUUUACUGCCUCUGUUCUGACUCUCUGGAACCUGCAUUCUCUACCGACCAUCCCCCACCAGUUGCAUAAUCUGGUCCCAGCCUUUGAUCCUGGGCAGCAAGGUCCAAAGCUCCCAUCUGGGGAGGCCUGGGCUGCAUCCAGGCUGGCUACAGGUUAACAGCAUCUGACACUAAGAUGGGCACCUUUCAAACAUGCUAGCAAUGACCUGGGGUAUCUCAUGGAGUAAGAGGGUCUGAGGGAGGAGGUGGUGGGUACCCCAAAGAGCUGGAAAGAUAGAGGCCCUUUCUUAUUAUUAUGUAGAAAGUCAUGCUUUGAAGAGAAGUCUAUUUGGAAGGAGGAGUCUCAUUGCUGUAUAGCUCUAUCUGGUGUCCCCUGUCCUCCCAUUACCCCCACCAUUCUCUAGCCCACUUUCUUCCAAGAAGAAAACGGAGGGAUCCUAAGUUGCUCUAUCAGCUCAACAAAACCCAAAUAACCUACCCUUCUGCGAGAGCCAGGCUAUAGAACACCUGCUGUGUUCUGGAUGGAGUAGACAGUGCACCCUCUAAAUCAUUGGGAUGGCCUCUGCAUCCAUCAUUCACUUGAAAGUAUGUAUUUGACAUAAAGCAAUUCUCCUUAUAAAAAUGAGCUAGCAUAAAGCCCCAAUAAUCACUUAAUGAUACAUAUUAGUAUAUACAAGUCUAUGGACUAUUCCCUAACAGUAGGUUUUUCUAAAAAGCAAAAGGCAAGUGUAAUGAAAUAGAGUUUUUUUUUUUUCAUAGUUUGAAACAGUGUUUUGAGUUUCAGGGCAGGCCUUUUUUUUUUUUUUUUAAAGAUUUAUUUAUUUAUGCAUAUAAGAACUGGGGUACAGGCCAGAGAUACAGGGGGGUGAGAGGAUUCACCAGAGACAGAGUAGGGAACAGAAGAGGCAGAUAGACUUAAGUACACUGCUGAGGGGAGCAGCGGGCAAGUCAGGAGAGGUCUGCUUCAGGGCAGGCCUUUCUAUCUGCAGUUUACAAUGGAAAUAAGCAAGAUAGAAUAAAUGGGAUUCAGACAUUUUGACACUGAGGCUGCAUUUCCUUCUCUUGUCUCCUGCUCUUCUGCACCCAAGAUGUGCUGUGAGCAUUAGUAAAGCUAUUGGUAAUUGUCACGCUAGGGUUUCAACUUGCCACUAUUAAUAUCCAGUUAUCAGAGUCAAUAUAAACACAUCUUUAUCAAUGGAGAUUAUACUCAUGGACCUGGCCUCUUUUUUCUUUUCCAUUUCAGACCAAAAUGAGCUCCAAAUAGUCAAAAGAUCAUGUCCAGAUUCUUAUUUCAAUGUGUACAUCAUCAUAACUCUUCCAUUGUUUAUUUAAUUAAUGUAAUUUACCUGAGGUUAUAGACUGCACUAUGCAGGGUCUUACGAACAUUUACUUUUGCUCAUCAGGUGGUUCAACCACACAGGAGAAAUCACCUGUAGCACCUUCCUGGGCUGGACAUUCAGCAUUGAGCAUCCAGCCUGAAAAGCGGUCAACUGAAAA